AUGACCGAGCUAGAAGCAGAGCCCGCUACGACCCUGAAAUAUGGUGACCAGCAGAAGGCUGGCUUAUUGUUGCAACAAUGGCUGGAGCCAGUAGAAGAUAGCCCCGUCACAAAGGAGUGUCCGAUCAAAGCCUCGACGCUCGCAUUGAAAGACCUGACGAUGUUUGAGCGACUUGAUGUUGAGUUUGACCUGAAGCCUAGCGCCCUUCCCCAAAUUGAACGUUACCUGGAUGACCUCAAAACCAAAGGGCCAGAAGAUGGCCGAUGGCACAAAUUCAGCCUGGAAGAACUAGACACAAAGAAGUACGACCCCAAAGAUCGAGAUUUUAACGCCGAAUCUCGGAGAAUCAAUGUUUGGGAAGGCCAGACGGGUCCUGGUGUCCUUGUUAUUGAAGAAAUCAAGAGGAAAUCGGGGCCAUACUCCUCCGAGAUAUCUCGAGCAAUCUACGAAAACGACUUUCCCGUCGAAACCCUGGAGUACAUAUAUAUGGUGGAUGUCCAGGAAGAAGGCACGCUCCAAUUCGUGAAAGAGCAACUGUAUACCGCGUCCAACGGUGUUGUUGAACAAGACGAAGAAAUCACAGAGAGGUAUGAAUGGGAAUAUGGAAGCCCCGAGUUUGAAGGUCUGCUUGGAACCCGACUUGGAGCCCAUGUAGCCCGCCUGCUUCUCGGGGCUUUCGAGAGAGGAACUCGCCGGAUUCAACGCAUUCGGACAUGGUACGCAUUCCAGGAAGUUCAGAUGCAGUUUAUCAUUGAGGCGGUCGAAUCUGGAUCUGCGGUCCAGGGCAAGUCAUCGAAGCCCUUGGACUCACCAGCCGACCCUGUUUCCGUGGCCCAGGGCAAGCCAUCGAAGCCCUUGGACUCAUCAGUCGACCCUGUUUCCGCGGACCAGGGCAAGUCAUCGAAGCCUUUGGACUCACCAGUCGAUCUGGAAUCUAAUGACCAUCCUCUUCCUAAGAAUGCAGUCAGUAUCAAGAGGCCGAAGAGAAAGCUAUCUGAGUCGGGUUGCGAAGAGGAACAGCUGCCGAAGAAAUCGCGAGACGAUUCUUCUAAAGCAGGCCCAGAUAUCAAGAGGCCGAAGAGAAAGUUAUCUGAGUCGAGUCGCGAAGAGGAACGGCAGCCGAAGAAAUCGCGAGGCGAUUCUUCUAAAGCAGGCCCAAAGAAAGUCAAGGAGACCAAGAAAAGCAAAGGACGCAAAUCUCGCAAGACUUGA